AUGUCUGCCCCUCAAAGCGAAGCUUUCAAGAAGGCUGUCGUCGACUCCAAGAAGCUCACUAGCAAGCCGAGCAACGACGAGCUGCUCGACCUCUACGCCCUGUACAAGGUUUCCAUCGGCGAGGACAUUUCCAAGGCCCCCGCCCCCGGCAUGUUUGACCUCAAGGGCAAGGCCAAGAAGAACGCCUGGCAAAAGGUCGUCGACGAGGCCAUCACCCCCCAGCAGGCCCAGGAGCGGUACGUCGAGCUCGUCGAGAAGCUCAAGGCCUCUUGCGGCUACGACGAGAACAAGGAGCCCGAGGCCGUCGGCAACUAA